AUGCUUUUCAAACCUUUGGCUUUUGCCUCGGUAACUCUCCUGGCUAAGCAGGCAUCCGCAGCUUUUGGAAUUACCACUAGCACCGCCUCCUACGUUAUCGACGCCGGCUCGUCCAACCCUCUCAAGUUUACUGUCAGCCGAACAAGCUGUGACAUUACCUCGAUCAACUACUAUGGCUCUGAGCUUCAGUACCAAUCGACCGGAUCUCACAUUGGAUCGGGUUUAGGCUCCGCAACUGUUACCGCAACUACGAUUGGCGAUUAUAUCAAGGUGACAUGUUCGACCGACACCUUGAUUCACUACUAUGUCGUCCACAGUGGUGAUCCUAUCAUCCACAUGGCAACAUACACCACCGCAGAGCCAGCUAUCGGUGAACUGCGGUACAUCGCCCGUUUGAAUGCGGAUCUGCUUCCGAACGAAGAGCCAUUCGGUGUUGUAUCCAACAUUGCGGGUGGUACUGUUGUUGAGGGAUCUGACGUCUACCUGGUUGAUGGCCAAACCCGAAGCAAGUUCUACUCCAGCGAGCGGUUCAUCGAUGACAAAAUUCACUGUGUCUCUGGAAGCGCACACCGCGUGUGCAUGAUCUUGAACCAAUACGAGACCUCCGCCGGCGGUCCUUUCCACCGCGACAUCAACACCAACAAUGUCGGUUCAUACACUGGUCUUUACUGGUACAUGAACUCCGGACACGUCCAAACCGAAACUUACCGCCAGGGUCUGCACGGCCCCUACUCGAUGUAUUUCAGUCGCAGCGGAACCCCUAGCUCCACCCUUGACACUUCAUUCUUCGCGGACCUCGACAUCAAAGGAUACGUUGCUACUUCUGGAAGAGGGUAUGUUAAGGGUACUGCUUCUGGAGCUUCUUCCUCGUUCAAAUGGGUCAUUCACUGGUACAACGACGCCGCCCAAUACUGGACAUACGCUUCUUCCUCGGGAAGCUUCACGUCCCCGGCCAUGAAGCCCGGCACUUACACUAUGGUCUACUACCAGGGUGAAUAUGCCGUUGCUACCUCAUCGGUGACUGUGACUGCUGGAUCCACCACCUCGAAGAGUAUUUCUGGGUCUGUCAAGACCGGAACGACAAUCUUCAGGAUUGGAGACUGGGAUGGACAACCGACCGGCUUCCUCAACGCAGCCAACCAGCUCCGCAUGCACCCCUCCGACUCGCGCAUGUCCUCCUGGACCCCGGGCACGUAUACAGUCGGCAGCUCCUCGGUGUCUUCGUUCCCAAUGGCUCUUUUCAAGUCCGUUAACUCGCCAUUGACCAUCAAGUUCACGGCGACAUCUUCCCAAACUGGUGCUGCGACUCUGAGAAUUGGAACCACCCUCUCCUUCGCGGGUGGUCGGCCCCAGGCGACGAUCAAUAGUUACACCGGCUCUACCCCCUCCGCCCCGACUAACCUCAACUCUCGUGGUGUCACUCGUGGCGCUUACCGAGGUCUUGGUGAAGUUUAUGAUGUUUCUAUUCCGUCAGGGACUAUCGUUGCUGGUACCAACACUAUUACUAUUAAUGUCGUUUCGGGCAGCUCGGGAGAUACUUAUCUCAGCCCUAACUUCAUCUUUGACUGUGUUGAGCUCUUCCAAUAA